AUGUAUUUCGUGGCUGGCAAGGACUAUGAGGGGUCCCUCCUUCUGAAGUCCCUGGGUGCUGCGCAAAUCCGCCUGGCCCUGCUGGAUGGGGAUGCGGUGGUGGCUAGCCACACCUGGCACCUCGAUGUCGGAUGGUCCUCCCUGGACUUCAAGUUAACAGCCAACACCUCCAGUCACUGUGCCCUGGUGCAACGCGGUGAACACAUCAGCUGUAUGGACACCAAGGAAGUGCCCAAGAACUGCUACCUCUGCAGCGGCGGCUUCCAAAUCAUGGUACAAGGCGAAGUGCUUUUGGACCAAGCCUUCUUGCAGCCCGGGCCCUGGGGACGCUUUCGCAACCUGCCUGUGCGCCGGGAUGUGGUAGAGGCCAUCCAGCGGUCCGGAUGGCAAACCCUGCGACUGGGAGGCAGCAUGUGCAACGCUGCUGGCUAUCGAUGGAAGCGAUUUCGGGGUCAUCAACGACAGCCCUACAAAGGUUGGUGGCAUCCGAUUGCGAGCAGCUCCUUUCGCAUCUUCGAAACGUUGGAACUCUGCGAAGCAGCCGAGGUGCAGUGCGUUAUCACUUUGAGCAAUGAGGAGUCGCCCAAAGACAUGGCAGACUUCCUCGAGUACUGUUUCGCUUCCAAAGAGACGACUUGGGGAUUUCAGCGGAUGAGGGAUGGGAGGCAGAAGCCCUACCAGAUGUUCACUUUGGAAAUUGGCAACGAGCAGAAGCUGGAGAUGCUGCUGGUGCAACAGGUGCAGGCAAUAGCAGCUGCCAUGCAACAACGUGCGGAACAGCUGCAGCUGCCUAUGCCACGGCUGGUGGUGGGGCAAAACAUUGCCAGGCAGUUGAAUUUUGAGGGACAAGGCCGACGUGUGACUUCUGCAAUGUUGGAGGUCUUGAAGGCUUUCUCCAGUGCAUGGGAUGCACAUAUUGGAGGCGAUGCCUUUGAGGACGUGGAGGAUUUCAAGCAGCUGCUGAACGUGAGCUCCAGCUUCUUCCAGCAAUUUGGCCAGACCAAGAUGGUGGUACUGGAGGAGAAUGGCUUCACCCACGAUUUGAAGCGUGCGUAG